AUGAAGCAUUGCUCGAAAGGGCUGCAGAGGGUGUCAGGCCGCAGUGUGAAGGACAAGACCGCGGCGAGCCAGCGUGAAGCAGAGACGCCGCAGAAGCGAGUCAGGGCCCAGUCGAGCAUUGAGAUGUCACCUGCCGCGCCACAAGACGGGGAGCUCGUAGAUUGGGGCCUGCUCCAGCCGAUUCAAAAGAGUGAUGAUGAGGAGGAGGUGCUUCCAAAGCAGAAGAGCAAAGAGUUCGAGAAGGCCGAGAAGAACGAGAAGAAUCCGCCGAAGUCGAAGAAGGGCCGAAGGGAUGGCCAGAAGCUCGACAUGAAGAAGCUCCUGCUGACAGAGGGAACCCAGGCGGAGCCAGCGAAGUCCGUGACCCAGGAGAGCGAAGCAAGCUCAUUCGCAGCGCAGCCGGCACAGACAAUCGCAGCAGUGCCUGCACCAGGCUCCGCAGACUACAACGAGGCGGUGCAGAACCUGCUGGGUGUCCUGGGUUCCCACGUAUCCAAGGAGCAGGUCGAGUACAGCUUGUCGCGCUACAUCGAGCAAGGCAUGGACUUGACGCAGGCGGCGGACCAGGCCUUUACGGACCUUGUCGAAGGCCAGGCUGAAGAUGGUUCGCUCCGAGAGCAUAGAUUCGGGAGAGCGCAGGCGGAUGCCGCAGUCGACGAGGGUUCUGAGGAGGAAGACGAGCAGUUGCCCGAGCUCGACCUCCCCGAGGUGAUCUGCGCGUUUGGUUGUGUGUUCGUGUCGAGCUUUGUCGCCGUCUCGAUUUCUGAACUGUUCAUACCAGAGUUCCUCCCGAUCCCGCCUCCCGAAACUGCAUCAACCGAGGAGCUCAUCCCACAAGAAAGGCGACCACCGAUCCCGGCGACUCCCAAGGGCUGGAAGGCACUCUAG